GAAACACGCCGCCAAAAUUCGGAGGGCCCGCAAAAAGCCAUCGCUAUCGCCAUCAUUCAAGCGAUACAUCGUCGUCGUCGAGCUCUGUCCUUGGCGGCAAUGCAUUCCCUCGAGAAAUGCACAAUAACCUACUGUAUACCAUCCUGUGAAUCUCAAAUAUCGGUUCGUCUCUGGCGAAAAGGUCGUCGUCUUCUUCUUCUUCCUGAUUGCGUUCACUCUGACGGUGGCGGUGUAGCAUUAGAUUUUGCAGAAGCAGUAGUAGCCAACAAUGAUGUCGCACAAGAAGAAGGACAGUGAGCCCAUGACGGCCACAAAGCGACUAUUGGCAGGGUUAAGAGAUGGGAAAAUGGCUGAUGUAGAGCUGGUGGGAGAUGACGGCAUUCGAGUCCCCGCUCUGAGAUGUGUCUUGGCCUGUGCCAGCCCUGUCAUGCACAAUCUCUUGUACGGAGAUCCUGCGAGAGCCUCUUCCUCCGUUGUCAAGAUUAGCGGGUGUAGCAACAAGACGUUACGAGCACUGGUGGAAUACUGUUGCUCGGACGAGUUGAAUGCAUCCAUCUGGGAUGGAUCCUGUCCUCCAGCCGAAAUUGUCAAGGAUAUUGUCGCGUUGGCUCGUGUCUCACACGCCUAUGGGAUCCCCAAUAUGGAAGAACGAGUACUAGAAGGAAUCAAUCCUCUCAUGGCUGCCAUUCCGCCCCUGGCUUGUGUGGUCUUUAACUAUGCCGAUCCGUCUACGACACGAGCGAUUCACAAAUCGGCACUUGCCAUGAUUCGAGAAAAGCCAUAUGUAUGCCUGCAGCAAGAAGGACAAAACGUGGGAGGGAUGAUCUGCUUGUCGCCCGAAAAGCUACAAGAAGUUAUCCGAGAUACCGGACUACAAGUUGACGAGCUCUUUCUCUUCAAGCAAUUGAUUCGAUGGCGGUCUUACAAUCGCAAUGUAUACGCCAACGCAACUGCAAUAUGCAAGCAGCUUGUAUCCUAUAUCGAUCUGAACUACAUUGACCCCGGCGAUAUCAAGAACUUUGUGAUUGAUUCUGGAUUGGUCGAAGACAAAUCCAUCAUUGAUGCCCUACUGGAACAGUCUAUCGCCGCUACUCGGGAAGGUCUGGCUUAUGCUGCAAUGCGUGGUAACAUGGGAAAAGACCAAAUCUAUGCGAUGGUGCAAGGGGCAGGAACGCCGGAAUGCAAUGGAUUGUACAAGCAGAUUCAUAAGGAGGGAACCUUGAUGUGCUACGGAAAAGUGGUUGACGAGAAGAGAAUGAUGCUUCUCUUGAAGGACAAUCAUACCAGUUGGAAGAUCUGCGAUCACGAGACACUUUACUAUGAAUGGACGUCUCACAUUGACAGUCAUCACGACCAAUACCCAGUCUCUGGUUGGGUCGCCGCGUCUCACAAUGCUUCCACCAUGCCAACUCCCACCAUCAAAUGGUUCCGUCCUCGCGGAAAAUCGCCUCGUCUUCCAAGAUCUGCCGCCCCUUCUUCUUCUUCCUCUGUACCACAUCUACCACCCGCCUCUACCCGCAUCCCCAUCAACCCUGCUUCGUCCUUUGAUGGACGCCCUUCCCCCGGCGAGAAGGGUCUCUCCAGUACAAGUCAUCUUCAUCAACACAUCCGUCAUCAUCACUCCAUGGACGAAACCGACUCCCACUCUCGAGGUGAAUCCAACUCGCCCACUCCCAUGAGCCAACACUUACGACGAACCUCCUCUCGAGGUGAGCCCAUCUCACCCACUCCCAUGACACCACACUCACGACGAUCUCCUUCACCACAGUCGUCCUACCCACAACAUAGUGGACUUAGCAGCUCCAGCAGCAGUGGUCUCCCAUCCCAUUUGUCAUCUCCCUCUGUUCAUCACGGCAUCCAUUCCAUUCCCAGUAGGGAACAUCAUGCGUAUCAUAAUUCUUCUGCUUCUCAACAUUCCUCUGCUCAAAGUUAUCACCACCACCAUCACCACCGCGACGCACCAAGAGGAGCCACCAAUUCUCCACAAACACCCGUGGCGGUGCGUAUUUCCCCGCGAACACCGAGUCCUCGGUUGAGCUUUUCUACCAUGCCACCUGUCAAAGAGUCUGUAUCAUGGGCAAUCUAAAAUGUAUAUUUUUUAAAUCAGCUAGCACUAGCUUUCAUUCAUUCAUUCCAGGAGAGCAAUGGGGGCGAUUGCUAUCCUCUUUUUGAAACAUGUGCUGUUACUUCUACAAACUGAAUUUGUUGAAAUCAUAACUACGGUAUACUACAUGCUUAUUUUUAUAAAAGAGACUAAGAAAACAACACUAGCUAGAUGGUGGGUCAUCACCUGACCUUCCAAAAAACCCAGACAUGGCAGAACAGAAAGUCGAUUGUUUCGAGUCAGUCCUGUACGUACUACUAUCCUACUGGCGUCGUUGUUCGCACGACAUCCACCGAGCAUCGAAAGCCUGCCCGUUUCAGUGCCUUGGUCAACAACGGCAGUAUCUUUUCUGGAUCCUCUUUGUCAUUCAUGGCAAACUUGACCUUGGCUUUGCCCCCUUUGCGAUUGCCUUCAAAUAACCAGGAAUCCACCGUCUGAAUCUGCUGAAUGUCUCUAGUAUCCGACAGGGCCUUUUGCAGCGAUUGGUUGACAUUUUGCACACAGGCCACACAUCCCAUGGUAGGACAAUCCAAGUAGACUGCGACAUCCACCUUUUUAUUGCUGGUAGUUUUAGAAGCAUCCUUUUGGGCACUACUGCUGCUAGUAGUAGUACUGGUAGUAGAUUGGGGCCUCCAGAACCACAGUCGCAACCGAGUAUUCCACAAAUGCAAGAAUUCGGGCAAGAGCGCAAUAGUCCAUCUCAGGACCAUGGAGGCGGGUGUUACUUGGUGUCGUGUGACGACAGUGAGGUAGGCUAACAGACUCAAAAAGAAGGGCCGUAUGGGUCCCAAGUAAGUAUUGAAUUGGGCACAUCCCAGAGCCGUGGUGGCAUUCAAUAGAAUUUGGAUCCAACAGCAAGCACUGGACAGAGUGGGCAGCAGCAGAGUUUGCAACCAGACGGAAUUGGGCCGCAAGUUGGGGAUUGGAACUUGCCGAAGUGUCAACCAUAAAGACACGGAGCUCAGUAUCAACCCCUGCCAUACGCGGGGUGACCAUAUCAAAUGAUAUUUUGCCAAUGAUGAUGAGGAAGGCGGCUUCUCUUCGUCCUUUUUUGUCGAGAAUAGCCGACUUCCAGAGGGCAACGGUUGUGGUGGUGGAAGAAUGGUGGAUUCGGGAAUGCUGCCUUUCCAGGGUGAAUUGCUGCGGGGCAAUGAGAAGCAGUGGGCAGGUGCGACGACUGACAGAACCAACAGAAUCUGCCACAUCAGAACACGCCUUGUCGUCCGCAUAUUUCGAGUCUCUUCAAGUCGUCUCCUCGUCAUCUUCUUGGGCUGUGUGUGGUUGGUUUGACGGAGGUUCUCCUUGGCCACAGAGAUGAUGGGCGUGAAGAAGCCAUUCAAGCUGUGUAAGCAUUCUAAGGACCGUCAAAGCAAUUUGUUGGUUUGUCGCCGAGUGUUCCCCUUGGUUUUGGCGGUGGUUGGGCAUUUAUGGUGGAAGCUUUGGGACUUAGGUGAACAGAACCGGCAGGUUCAGUCGGCUGUUCUCCAU